AACUUAAAAAAAAAAUUAUUAUGCCAUAAGCUUUUGUGGAUUUACAGUCCUUCAGAUGCACAAAGUGUUGCCCUGAGUUGCAAUGGGUAUUGUAAAAGGUGAGGUAGGAGGAGCAUGAAAUGUAGGAGCAUGAAAAGGGAGAGUAUUAGCUACUGAGAAGACUAGUUUUGUGGCUGCCUCACCUCCUUUCACUCCGAUUGGCUCCAAUCAGCAGGAAAGGUCAAGGAAACAUUAAGAUUCUUCGCAGUGGCUAAGACACUCUCCUUCCAUGCUGAUUGGAUACCGGAGACACAGGAACCCUGCCUGCACCCUGCUCCCAAAGAAGUAAAGGGUCUAAGACCCCCUGAGACCCUGGACGACUACACCCUGGUGACAAGGGCUGGUAUUCAAGCCGAAAGUAAUACUAAGGCACCCCUUAAUAAGCUUUCUGGAUUGUGUCCACGUGAGCAGCACAUCCUCAAGUCUUCUUCACUCUUGGUCCGUCAAGCAAGUCUUCACUCAUAUCGUAAAGGAAAGCAGCUACUCUGCGUGUAUAGGCACUUUCCAAGGAAAGAAGGAAGCCGUGUGGGAGGUAUGACCAUGCCACAACCCUUUUGACCAUCUGGCAAAGCACAGCCUAAACAGGUUCUACACUCGCCACCUGCUGGACUGGCCGGGCGCUUCUUGCUUCACCUCCUGAGCUCUGACGGGAGAGGUAGUUCUCCAAUAAAGAUGAGGAAGGGAGGGCCUAACAAAACAUGAUGGGCAGACGCGGAAGCGAACGGUUUAGUCCGUACCACUUUGUUCCAACGGGGACUGGUGACGCUUUGUGCUCGCAUUCGGGUGGAUGAUUACGAACCAAUCAAAAAUGCUACGGUUGGUAGCUGGACUAAUUGCGGCCGGUCUGGUUGCGCAGUUGGUGGACUGGUAUGGCUCUUCGGGGCCCCAUCAGCUGCAGGGCCAGCCUCGCUCCUUGGCUUCUGAGCCGGCGCCCGGAGCUGAGGCGAACAACCUCUUCUGGAUAAUUCAGGCGAGUCGAGGCGGGGCAACCUAUGACCCUCCGAUGAACUCCGGAGAGAAAUCCAAUCCAGCACCAGUAUCAGAUUUGCACAUCAGUAAGUUUUUGAGUCCUGAAAGAGCUUCUGAUUUCGAAAAGUUCUGUGUGGAAACAAUUCCUGUAAUUCAACCUGUUCUUGCUUUAGUAACAGGUGAUUUGACUGAUGCCAAAACGAAAGAUAAACUUGGGUCUGAUCAGUUUGAAGUGGAAUGGCAAACUUACCAGACAAUCUUAAAAAGGACUAAGGUCAUGGAAAAAACCAAAUGGAUAGACAUAAAAGGGAAUCAUGAUACAUUCAAUAUUCCAAGCCUGGAAAGUGUCCAGAAUUACUACAGGAAAUACUCUGCUUGGCAAAAGGAUGGCUCCUUCCAUUACAUCCACAGCACACCUUUCGGCAAAUAUUCUUUCAUUUGUGUCGAUGCAACUCUCAAUCCAGGCCCCAAGAGACCCUACAAUUUCUUUGGGAUAUUAAAUGCGAUUAAAAUGCAAGAACUGGCUGCGCUGGCUGCAGAAAGUCAUGGCAGUAACCAUACCAUUUGGUUUGGUCAUUAUCCCACCUCAGCAAUCAUUUCUCCGUCUCCAGGAAUACGAAUGACAAUGCGCUCUGCCACAGCAUAUUUGUGUGGGCACUUCCAUACAUUGGGUGGUCUGAUGCCAGUCCUACAUACUCGUCACCAUCAUGGAACUUUAGAACUGGAGCUGGGAGACUGGAAAGAUAGUAGGAAGUACCGGAUCCUUGCUUUUGAUCAUGAUCUCUUCAGCUUUGCUGACUUGAAGUUUGAGGAGUGGCCUGUGGUUCUUAUCACCAAUCCCAAAUCAUUCCUUUAUAGUAGUGCUGCUCAUGAACCACUGCAGAGAAUCCUUCACUCUACGCAUAUAAGGAUUUUGGCAUUCUCUCCUUCUUCUAUCAAGUUUGUCAAGGUCAGUGUUGAUGGCAUUCAUCUGGGGGAUGCUGUUCAGGUGUCUGGACCUCUCUAUGUACUGAAAUGGGACCCACAAAACUACAGUGAAGGGUUUCAUCAUAUAGAUGUGACAGUUCAGGAUGCCAGUGGUAGGAGUGCUACUCGGCUUCAUACAUUUGCUAUGGAAGAAAACCUUUCUCUCACAUUUGACCUUCUGGCAUCUUGGCUGCUUCUUACUGACCUCUACAUAUGGCCUCGAGUAGUGUUUGCACUAUUGGUUGUGGUUCACAUUGCCUUGUUGAUUAUUUUCCGGUAUCGUAAAAAACCUACACUUAAAAAACCUAUGGGCAUGGCAAUCCGGGCCUCUUUUUCUCUCCACAUUCUGAGCAAAACCAACUUUUUCUAUUACUCGUUUCUGCUGCUGAGCUUGUAUACUACUCUGGGGCCCUGGUUUAUUGGUGAGAUUAUAGAUGGUCAUAUGGGCUUCUGCUUUUCCUUUGGGGUAAUUGUUGAUGGCUGUUUAUUUGAAGGCAGUACAACUUUCCUUAUUGGAACUCUGCAGGUCAUGUUUUUCAACCUACCACUAAUGGCAUAUAUGUGUUGGUGCCUUUUGCUUCGUUGCCAAGGGCACAGCUUUGGCUCCCAUCUGCAUCAAGUCAAAAGGCGUUGGGCUGUGCCCAUCCACCUAAUAAUGGCAGUCCUAUUUUUGUGGCAGGUCUUUUCCUGCUAUUUUCUGUUGAAGACAUACGGAACUGUAGCUUUCUUCUUAUCUCCACUGAGAACUUGGACUGUGGGCCUUACUCUCUUUCUGGUCUACAGAACCUGGACACUGCAGUCUUCUGUGCUGAGAAACUUUAUUGUUGAAAUGAAGAAUGUACAGACUUCUGAAUAGCUCCUCUUCAGGCAGUUGAAGUAAACUUUCACUUGAAUUGUUAAGUGGUGAAGCUGUGAACUACAGGUUUGUAUAGAUAUCUCUGCAGCCUGAAAAACUGAAUGCGGGGGCUUGGAGCGGUCCCCAAAUUACUUCCAAACUGUGGUAUAAUAAGGACUUUAGAGUAUGGAGGUCAGUCUAUAAGGGGAUCAAUAAUGCCUGUCUCAGAAGCUGCUUCUAACACUUGUAAUUUUGUUUUGAAUUGCUGUCUUCAUGCUAAAUGAAGUUUUUGGGUGCAAUAUUGUAAUGCAUUAGAACUGCUUCUACCUUCCAAUGUGUAUAUAUGGUGUUCAUAUAUAAACCUAAAUCUAAAUCAUAUGUACACCUAAAUUUGGAAGCACCUGCUGUUUAGUCAUCAGUAAUGGAUUUGGCCAUAAUAAGGGUCUCAAUAGGACAUGUCAUCUUUUUUCCUUCUUUUUUCUUUUUCUUAGGACAGCCAACACUUUCUCUCUCCAUCCUCCCUUCCAAUUCACUGUAGAAACUGCUUUUGAAACCCCUGUGUUUCAAAUAUGGUUACCAUUUAGUAUUUAUUUAAUGAAUUACAUCCUGCCCUUACUGAAAUUGUUAUGAACUACUCUGGGAACCAAAAUAAACCAUUCAAAAUAAUAAGAAAGCAAUCAGAGCCCAGAGCUUCAAGGACAUAGCUGAAUCUGGAGGGAGUUCCGUAAGCAAGGCACUACCACUGGAGAAGUCCCCUUUUCCCUGUUGCACUCUACUUCUCUUCAGAUGACAGCAGCACCCAGAGAUGAGUACAACAGACUUACCUCCAUACACUAGCAAGUUGGUUUGGGAACAAGUAUUUCUUCUGGGUCCUGAUGUCGGCACCAAAACCUUAUACUGUGCUAGGAAAUGAACUGGCAGUCAGUGUAGCACUUUAAACACUUUGCUAAUAUUCCAGAGCCUGGUCCCAGUUAGUUCAGAACACACAUAGCUGCCAAACUACUAACUAGUUCCUCGGCAAUCUUCAGUGGUAGCCCUAUGUAUAAUGCAUUACAGUAAUCAAUCCCAGAUGUUAGCCCAACCAGUUAGCCAUGUUGUGGUAUCUCCAUGCAGGAGAUGCCACAUACGGGACACCAGCCUCAGCUGAUGAAAGGUGCCACAGGAACUACUUGGGCCUGUAGUGACAAAGCUGGAUCUAGAAGCACCCUUCCUUUCCCGGGGAAUGUGUCACCAUCUAGAAUAAGCUGAAUACCAACUCAAUGACCAGAUGAAUCACCUACUCGCAUUACCUCUGUCUUGUCAAGAUUAAGUUUGUGUCUUGGCCCUCAUCCAAAUCAUCACUGAUUCCAGACACUGCUUCUGCAUUUCUUCCACAUCACCUGACUAAGAUGAAAAUGAAAAAUAGAGUUGGGUGUCAUCUUCAAACGACCUCUUCCACAACUCCACAUAGACGUAUAAAGGCCUUGGGGAGUUGCUAUUGAAAUAUAUAUAAGCCUUACUAGAUAUGCAGAGUUUUCUGGAUUGUAGACUAUCUCACUUAAAUGUUUUCUGCUAAUUUGGUUUUCAAAUGUUGCAUAUCACCAACUGCUUGACUAUGGAAUGUGCCUAAUUUGUUGGGCUAUUACCAUGUAUGAAGUCACAAUGUGAUCAAAAUACAUACCCUCAGUCUUUGUCUUAUGGUAACUGAAUUAUAAGGAGCACGUGCAUAAGUUAUCAGUAAAAGUAUUGCACAGUGCCUUUUGUGGAAAGUGCAUGCUACACUCAAUUUAAAAUAGCACAGAACUAUUAUUAUUAUUAUUAUCUUUAUUUUUACCCCGCCCUAUUUUCCAAACUGGAACUCAAGGCAGCUUCCAGAUAAAAAUACAUAUAACUAAGAACAUACAAUAAUCUAAAAUAAAUAGAAUUAAACUAUUUGCAGUAUUAAAACCGUUUAAAACCUACUUAUUAUAGGAAACACAGGACUGCCUCAGAUAACGGCAGUCUCACGUUAAGUUAUCCCUCUUUAAGUUAUCCCUCUUUUCAAUGUGCAGUACAACUUGUCCUGUGUCCUGAUGACUGCUCCUCUGCCAGACAUAGCCAAUGAUGUAGGGUGGGAAAAUGUACAGCAUAAGGAAAUUGGGACACUUGGUAAGGUUGUCCAUGUAUUACUGGAGCGGGAGGGGGUAGGCUUUAACACUUACCUACUGUUUUUAGCAGCAGCCUUGUGUUAGGAACAUAGGAGGUAAGUCAGACUCAUUGGUCUAUCUCAGUAUUGUCUACACCGAGUGACAGUGGCUGUCCAGGGUUUCCCAGUCCUACCUAGACAUACUGGGAAUUGAACUUUGGACCUUUGGCAUCCAAGGCAGGGGCUCUAGCACUGAUCUGAGGUCCUCCCCCCAUAGUGUUUCUUGUACUAUGAAGUCCUGUCCUUUAAUUCCUAUUUCUUACAGAUCCUCCUUCCCUUUUAUACUUAAUCUGUGCCUUUCUAUGUAUGAAAUGUGAUCCUUUGAACUGUUUAGAAGAAGUGUUGUUUGGGCUGCUUGGCCAUGCACUUCCUGUGUUUCCAUAUGUAUAUAUAAAAAUAUGUAGGAUCAAUUUUGCAAGACCAUCAUGGGAUAUUUGCUAGGCUGUGCAAACACGUAUGUGCCAGGAAAAUAAGCAACAUUCAGACGCUGCCCCCAUUGUAUGGCUUCUGUAUGCAGAGGAAUAUAGGAGCAAGGCUAUACGUAUGUAGAACUUUUACAAACACAUACAUUUUGUACAACUGGCCCUAACAUGUAUGUAUUUGUCCAUAAGUAUGUUUUUAACUUCUACAGUAUGGGUUGUGUAGGCAGCAUACACUCUAGAACAGCUUGUAUGUGUGUAAACCUGAAGUGUGCUCCUGCCGCCCACUACUUAAAAAGAGCACAUGGGCUGAGCCUGUGCAAUCACUAUGGCCAUGUUUGUUUUACCAGAAUCUUUUGCAAUUCUGUGUUACAAACUAUAACUAAUAGGCCUUGUCAUCACAUUGUUAAAUGAGCAAUUUCACAUUGUUUUUCCAUCUCUGCUCCAUUGAUUUUGACAUAACAAUGCAUGUCAAAAUACAGUCUUAGGCAUGUCCACUUAAAGGUAAGCCCCAAUAAAUUCAGUACAACUUACUCCAGUGUGCAGAGUAGGACUAGCUAACAUUGUCCCCUCCCGUAAUUCCUGAACCUUGAUAAUGGUGGCUGGGGAUGAUGGGAGUUGUAAUUCAACAACAUCUGGAGUGCUGAAGGGUUCCCCACUCUUCUUAGAAAGGAUCUCUCUAUAAAGAGCACUCAGAGGGAUCUUUGGCAUCCAAUAUCAGUGCUAAGCACCACAGUGCUGAUAUUAGAGACAGGCCCUCUGCCUGGUCUUUAACAGUGAAAGGCAGCAUUUCCUCCUGUCUCUGGAAGGAGGGAGGAGGGAAAUGCUGCCUUUUAUCUCUGGCCUCAGCACUGUGGUGCUUAGUGCUGACAUCAGAGACAAAAUAUCCGUCUGACUGCUGCACGGAGAUCCCCUCUAACGAACAGCCAAAGGGAUGUUUUAUCUCUUGAGCAGAAGAUAAGUGCUCUGACUGCUCUGUAGAGAUCACACACUAUAGAACAGACAGCUUUAUCACCCAAUCAGAGUGGGAGAUAACUGGCAGGGGCUGGAAGGCCAUUGCCUGUGGCUCAGCAGGCUGGAUGCAGUCUACCCUGGUAUAAACAAAGAUUGAAGUGGGUUAUUUAACUCUUCCCCUAUUACUCAAAUGGUUCUUUAGGCUGUAGUCAUAUACACCAGGGAUUACCAGCGUGGUACCUCUAGGCACCAGUGCACCUGUGGAAGGUCUCAGUAAGUAUACUCUCAGAAAUCCACAAUGCAUGAAAAGACUGUUUGCUCUUCCUGCUCAGUACCUGUUUGCACUAAAGUACACAGUACCUGUUUGCACAUGCUUCCUUAAAUAUGUUCACAUUUCACUGGAUGCCAGCAUACCCACCAUCUUCUCUGAACCCAGGAGAGGUGCAAAGAACUUUCUGUGAGCAAGUGUGGCAGUGACCAAUGUAGGUGCCUUUUUACCCGACAAUGCAGUCGGGAAGGAUACCUACACUAUUGGGGAAGGGGUCCUACCACUUUCUGCUCUUUUGGAUGCAACUAGUGCCCACAGCACUUCCCCCAAAUACCAAAUGCACCCACUGGCCCAAAAAAGGUUGGCAACCCUGUACAAGAAUUUUAUAGUUUUUAUUUGGAAACGCAGAUGCUACCAACAGCAGCUCCUUUCCCCAUUAAAUUGGAGCAAAAUCAACAGUUUAUUACAUUUGUUAGUUGCUUUAUACAAAAAUGUCUCAAAAUGAGUUAAGAUAAAACAAAUAAAAUCAUGUAUAUAUGCAUAUACAAGCUGGGAGGAGGUUAUAAAGAAAUGAAGGCAUCAGCCUGACUACUGCUGUACUAGGAAGGACACUUCAUUGCAUUCAUAAAGAAGCCAAGUCAUAAAUCUUUUUUUUUUUUAAAUUAACAUUUGUACUAGCAGUAACUAAUGUAUGCUAUAACAGUGGAACACAGUUGUUAAAUAGUAGUGUUCAGACACUUGAGAUUGGAGUGCAGCAUAUUCUGACUGGAAGUAAACUUUACAAAAUUAUUUCCUGCCUAAAGGCAAAGUGUGCAGGAAGAAAUGCACAAGAAACAUUUAGAUAAGGAACUUGGAAUUAAAACUGGACUUGCUUUCUAUAUCGUCACAAUAAACAGAAGCCUUAUCAGGGAACCCAAGUGUUCGCUGUUAAAAAUCUUGUAUUUUCAAAAUAAGAAUAAAGUAGAUAGCCACCCAACUUCUACAUUCAAAUGCAAGAUGCAGAGCUCUGUUUCUGCAGCAUGAGUACUCAUACCUUCUUCCUGGUAGGAAACACUACAAAGACUUAUUUACUCAGAAACAAGCACUAUCUGUUUUCCAAUGUUGCCCCCACGCAUCAUAGACUGGAAAGCAGCUACAAGAGAACAAAAAUAAGUAGUAGUAAAAAGAACUUGCUCCUUUUGUUUGUUUGCAAUGAAAUCUUUCUUAAUAGACUUAAACGUACAGAGGAAAUUAUUUCUCUGUCCAAAACAUGUGAUGGACUCUCCAUGAUCUCAGGCAGUAGUCUUUUACAUCACCUGUUACAUGACCCUUUCAACUGGAGAUUGAAAAUCUGGGACUUUCUACAUUCAAGUAACAUGCUCUGCCAUUGAACUAUGGUCCAUCCCUGUCCUGUAGUUGAGGACAGGUAAUUGUGAGGAACAAAUAAUAUUACCUCCAAUGUUUUCCAAGCCUUCUACCACAGUCUCUUUAACCUGUAAAAGAAGAAAAGUAUAAUGUUGGUUUUCUACUCCAAUUUUGUUUCUUAAAAGCGAUCAGUUUUCAAUUCA